AUGUCAUCAUCGUUAGUUCGUGGUGCUAAAAAUGAUCUUUAUCAAUUUAUUUCAUAUACAAAUAUAAAUGAAGAUACUGAAUUAAUAGAAAAUUUUAAACAACGAUGGUCUCGUGUAUUACCAUGUGAUACAAUAGUUUCAUUAGAUAAAUUUCAACUGAUACGUACACUUGGUCGAGGUUCAUUUGGUCGUGUUGUAUUAGCUUUAUUGAAAAAUGAGAAUUCAAAUAAAACUGAUGGAAAUAAAUUUUAUGCAAUUAAAGUUAUGGAUAAAAGAAAAUUAGUUCGUUAUAAACAAAUUGAUCAUACAUUAAAUGAACGUCGAGUUUUAUAUUCAUUACAACAUCCAAAUACAGUUCGAUAUUUUUUUUCAUUUAAAGAUAAUUCAUUUAUUUAUUUAUCUCUUGAAUAUAUUAGUGGUGGAGAUCUAUUUACAUAUUUAAGACAUACAGGUAAAUUUAAUGAAAAACAUGUGAAAUUUUAUGCUGCUCAAAUAUUUCUUGUCUUUGAAUAUUUACAUCAUUUUGAUAUAUUAUAUCGAGAUCUUAAGCCAGAAAAUAUUUUAAUUGCGGAAAAUGGGUAUUUAAAAGUAACAGAUUUUGGUUUUGCAAAACAUGUUGCGGGUAGAACAUAUACAUUAUGUGGCACUCCAGAUUAUUUACCUCCAGAAAUAAUUAAACAUAAAGGUUAUGGAAAAUCUGUCGAUUGGUGGACAUUUGCUGUUCUAUGUUUUGAAAUGGCUGCUGGUCAACCACCAUUUUCUGGCAAAGAUCAUAUUCAACUUUAUGAGUAUAUUCUUUAUUUAUAUUAUAUAAAGUAA